AUGUCCUUCUUCAACUCAAUUGGUCGUUCAAUGCGGGGCAAUGCGCCGAGGCAGAACAGUCUCCCGCCGGCAUCACCAUCGACGACACCCGGCCAAAAGCCGCUAUAUCUGUGCAGCCCGUUCGUCGAAGCGGCGCUUGUGAAAGGCAACUUCAAGACCAUCGUCAUGUUGCCCAAGUACGUGGAUAUCAUGGAAUGGGUUGCCGUGAAUGUGUUCGACUUCUUCCAGAAUCUCAACAUGUUUUACGGCGUUAUCUCAGAGUGCUGCACGCAACAAUCGUGUCCGACGAUGUCUGCCGGCCCCGCGUUAAGCUACACGUGGAUAAACCAGGAUCGCAAGAGUGUGCAGCUGGCUGCACCGACAUACAUCGACUACGUCAUGACUUGGGUACAGAACCUUCUUGACGAUGAAGCGACGUUCCCCACCAAGUCUGGUCACGACUUUCCACCCUCCUUCCCCGCAACCAUCAAGCACGUCUAUCGCCAGUUACUUCGUGUCUUUGCGCACAUCUACCACGCACACUACCCUCAAAUCCUUCACCUGCGUUCAGAGCCGCACUUCAACUCGCUCUUCGCGCAUUUCCUAGCCUUCGGCCGCGAAUAUGAACUUCUUGACAUCAAAGAUGUUCGUGGGGCCCCGGGCACGCCCGCUGUCGGCAUUGGCGCACUGUGGGAACGUUGGAGGGAGAUGGGUAUCCUCGAGGGGUAG